CUAGAAUGGGAGUGUGCUCAGGUGAUGGCUUUUCGAUUGAUGGAGUUUGAUGGCCCAUACCACUUCCUUUCAAAGGCAGUUGCAGUGCUGCAGAAUGGCAGACCUCAGUCUUGUAGAUGCAUUGACAGAGCCACCUCCAGAGAUUGAGGGAGAAAUAAAGCGAGACUUCAUUGCCACAUUGGAGGCCGAGCCCUAUGAUGACACUGUGGGAGAAACUGUGGAGAAAACUGAGUAUAUUCCUCUCAUGGAUGGUGAUGAAAAAACUGGGAUCCCAGAGCCCAAAAAGAAACCAUGCUCAGACACCAGCCAGGUUGAUGGCAUUCCACCUUCUAAACCAACUCUUCUAGCCAAUGGUGAUCAUGGAAUGGCAGGUAAUAACACUACAGGGUCUCCUUCUGACUUCCUUGAAGAAAAAAUGGCCUACCAGGAAUAUCAGAACAGCCAGAACUGGCCAGAAGAUUCAAGCUUUUGUUUCCAGCCUCAGCAAGUGUUAGGUACUAACCAGACUGAUCCUUUUAAGGUCCACCACGAUGAUGGUCUGGCAGAUCUGCUCUUUGUCUCUAGUGGACCCGCAAAUGCUUCAGCAUUUAUGGAACAAAUUGAUCCUCUGGGAGACAGUUACGAUAUGCUUCCUGGGGAUUCAUUUCCUCCCGUGGCUGUUGUAUCUCAGGAGUGGUCUAUGGAAGCCUCAAACUCUCCACACCCAGAGUCCUUCAUUUCUCCAGAAGUAGUUAUGGAAACCCUACAACCGGCAGCAGAGCUGUCCAAGGAAAUAGAGACGGAAUCAACAAAAGAGCAGCUGCCAGCUAACGCUUUGGGAGUGAUGGCAGAGGAGACCACUGCUGUGUUGCCACCUCGAGAAACAGAUGUAUCUCUGUCCACACACAUGACACCAGCCACAGAAACAGAAGUGGCAUUUGCUAAAGAUGCAGAAGAGGCCACCAAACCAGACAGGAUAUUGUCAGAUGUCACAGAGCCAUCCAUCGAAUCAGAUAUGUUCCUGCCUGAGGACAUGGAAUUACAUGCAGUGACAGAGGAGGCCCCUGUUAAGGAUGUCAUAUUGCCAACAGAAGCGGAUUUAUCUUUGACCAAGGAUAUGGCACCUCCCACAGACACUGAAAUGGUCCCAGGCAAGGAUGUGACACUGCCCAAAGAAACAGAGUUGACACUUCCAAUAACAAUGGACUCGGUACCACCUGAGGAUAGGGUGCUUACCAAAGAAACAGAGUUAGGCCCAGUGAAGGGCAUGGUUUCACUCUCAGAAGUGGCACUGGCAAAGGAUGCUGAGUUGUCUCCUGAAAUACCUACAGCUGAGGAGAUGGCACUGCCCUCAGACACCCUGAUGGUCUUGACAAAGGAUGUAACAUUGCCUGUAGAAACAGAUGGAUCUCUGGUCAAGGACAACAAUUCAUCUCUGGAUAAGGAAAUUGCUCCACCUACUGAAACAAAAAUUGACAUGGUCAGAGAUAUGGCUCCACUCCCUGAGUCAGAAAUGUCUCAGGGCAAAGUGGUCACACUCCCAGAAACAAAGGUGACUGAGUUCAACAGCUCUACCCUGCUUUCAGAAAAAGAGGUAACCUCAGUCAAGGACAUAUCUCUGCCUCCAGAAACAGAGGCUCCCCUAGGUGAGGAUGCUGUUCUGCCCUCGGAAACAGAGUUGACCCUGGACAACAAGGCGACUCCAGCCACAGAUGUUGUGCUACCCUCAGAAACAGAAGUAGCAACAAUUCAAAUUAAGGACCAGGAAAAUGCACAGGCUCAAGAAGAACUAAGUGAGGAAUUCCAGUUAGAAUCUGUCCAGCACAAGGGGCAGUUAGCAGACUCUCCUUGCAUGAUUCUACCAGAACCAGUCAGAGUCGCAGACCAGCAGUCUAACUUGCCAGUAGAUGAAGGUUCUCUGUUAGAGAACUUAGAGCAAAAGGAAACAUCUGGCAGUCAGCCUUCUGAACUUUCUUCAGGAAUAGCCAGGCAAGAAGAAGGAAAAGCUGCUGUAGGUGUAACAGGAAAUGACAUCACUACUCCACCAAACAAGGAGCUGCCACCCAGCCCAGAAAAGAAAGCAAAGCCUUUGGCCACCACUCAACUUGCCAAGACUUCAACAUCGAAAGCCAAAACACAGCCCACUUCUCUCCCUAAGCAGCCAGCUCCCACCACUACUGGUGGGUUGAAUAAAAAACCCAUGAGCCUUGCUUCAGGCUCAGUGCCAGCUGCCCCACCCAAACGCCCUGCUGCUGCCACUGCUACUACCAGACCUUCUACCCUACCUGCAAGAGACGUGAAACCAAAGCCAAUUACAGAUGCUAAGGUUCCUGAAAAGCGGACCUCGCCAUCCAAGCCUGCAUCGGCCCUCAGACCUGGACCUAAAACUACCCCAACUGUUUCAAAAGUCACAUCUCCCUCAACUCUUGUUUCCACUGGGCCAAGCAGUAGAAGUCCUGCCACACCUCUGCCUAAGAGGCCCAUCGCCACUAAAACUGAGGGAAAAGCCGCUGAUGUCAAAAGGACGACUGCUAAGUCUGCACCAGCUGACUUGAGUCGCUCAAAGACCACCUCUUCCAGUUCUGUGAAGAGAAACACCACUGCCGCGGGGGCAGCACCCCCAGCAGGGAUGACUUCUACUCGAGUCAAGCCCACAUCUGCACCUUCCCGGCCUUCUGAGGCUCUUUCUAUGGACAAGAAGCCCAUCUCAGCUAAACCUAGUUCCUCUGCUCCCAGGCUGAGCCGCCUGGCCCCCACUGCUUCUGCCCCUGGUCUGAAGAGUGUUCGCUCCAAGAUUGGGUCCACAGAGAAUAUCAAGCACCAGCCUGGAGGAGGCCGGGCCAAAGUAGAGAAAAAAACUGAGGCAGCUGCCACAGCUGGAAAACCCGAACCUAAUGCAGUCACUAAAGCAGCUGGUUCCAUUGCAAGUGCACAGAGAUCGCCUGCUGGGAAAGUCCAGAUAGUCUCCAAAAAAGUGAGCUACAGCCAUAUUCAAUCCAAGUGUGGUUCCAAGGACAAUAUUAAGCAUGUCCCUGGAGGUGGCAAUGUUCAGAUUCAAAACAAGAAAGUGGACAUCUCCAAGGUCUCCUCCAAGUGUGGGUCCAAAGCUAAUAUCAAGCACAAGCCUGGUGGAGGAGAUGUCAAGAUUGAAAGUCAGAAGUUAAACUUCAAGGAGAAGGCCCAGGCCAAAGUGGGAUCCCUUGAUAAUGUUGGCCACCUACCUGCAGGAGGCGCCGUGAAGACUGAGGGCGGUGGCAGUGAGGCCCCUCCGUGUCCGGUCCUCCCUGCUGGGGAGGAGCCGGCCAUCCCCGAGGCUGCGCCUGAUGCUGGCGCUCCUACUUCAGCCAGUGGCCUCAGUGGCCACAACACCCUGUCGGGGGGUGGUGACCAAAGGGAGCCCCAGACCUUGGACAGCCAGAUCCAGGAGACAAGCAUCUAAUGAUGACAUUCUGGUCUCGUCUUCCAUCUCCCCUAUGUUCCCUCUCUUGUCUCCCCCUCCGUGUUGCCCUCUCCCAUCCCUCCUCACG